AUUUAUACUGGCAUCCAGAAGUUCGUGCUAACCUGUGGAAAAUCAAAUCCCUGGGAGCUGGCAGAGACUGAGACAAGAAGAAAAGAGAGACUGCCAGGAACUCCUCGGUCGCUCCCCACCUCUCUCUUCUAGCCCCCUGUGUCCCACUGUGUGGAUAAUAUGUUGCUCUUCGCUCUCGUGUUAAAGGUGACUUGGAUCCUGGCUGCAGAAGGGGGCCCACACGGUCAGGACCACUGGCCAAGCUCUUAUCCUGAGUGUGGAGGCGACGCCCAGUCCCCCAUUGAUAUCCAGACAGCCGGUGUGAUAUUCGAUCCCGAUCUGCCUGCUGUGCAGCCCCGCGGAUAUGACCAGCCCGGUACUGAGCCUUUAGAUCUACACAAUAAUGGCCAUACAGUACAGCUCUCCCUGCCCCCAACCCUGCACCUGGGUGGACUGCCCCGCAAAUACACAGCGGCCCAGCUCCACCUGCACUGGGGUCAGAAAGGAUCCCAAGAGGGGUCUGAGCACCAGAUCGACAGUGAAGCCACAGCUGCGGAGCUCCACGUGGUCCAUUAUGACUCAGAGUCCUACGGCAGCUUGACGGAGGCUGCUCAGAAGCCACAGGGCCUGGCUGUCCUAGGCGUCCUGAUUGAGGUGGGCGAGACGGAAAACCCAGCUUACGAUCACAUUCUGAGUCAUCUGCAUAAAAUAAGACAUAAAGAUCAGAAGACCUCAGUGCCUCCCUUCAGUGUGAGAGAGCUGUUCCCCCAACAGCUGGAGCAGUUCUUCCGCUACAACGGCUCGCUCACAACGCCCCCCUGCUACCAGAGUGUGCUCUGGACAGUCUUCAACAGAAGGGCCCAGGUUUCCAUGGGACAGUUAGAAAAGCUCCAGGGGGCCUUGUUCUCCACAGAAGAGGGGCCACCUGAAGCCCUGGUACAGAACUACAGAGCGCCCCAGCCUCUCAACCAGAGGGCCAUCUUUGCUUCCUUCAGUCAAGUGGGAUCGCUGUAUACCACAGGGGAGAUGCUGGGUCUAGGUGUGGGAAUCUUGGCUGGAUGUCUCUGCCUCCUGCUGGCUGUUUAUUUCAUCGCUCGAAAAAUUAGGAAGAAGAGGCUAGGGAACCGGAAAAGUGUUGUCUUCACCUCGGCACGGGCUGCCACGGAGGCAUAAGCUGUCUAGAGAUGUCACAGGUGCCUUCCCUUCAUACUGGUCGGGGAAGCAUUCUAAGGGAUGCAGGGACUGGGUUACCAUGUUCUCCUAAAUACCACCUCCACCACCCCACAGGCCAGAGAAGCAAGGCCUCAGUUCUUUAAGGAAGAGCGGGGCCUUUGUCCUCUCUACGCUG